UUAGUCGCUAAGGCAAGAAGAAAAACGAAAAACAAGCACCAUGGCACUUGACAGUUCAACCUUCGAAACCAUCUUUCCCUCUCGUUUCAUCUCCUUCACUAUCCCCCACCCAACUCUUCCCACCCAACUCCUUCGAAUUGCCGUUCUCGAUUCACCUAUUGAACCAACUGAGUCACCCCGAGUCGCCGCUCUUUUUGUCCCUCAAGGUCGCGAAUCUGAUUGGAUUUUUUCCACCGAGUCCGGUCAUCUCCAGCUUCUCCUUUCCUCUCCUGGAUUCUCACGCCUCAUAUUGAUUGGCAAAAACACUGCCAAUGCUCCUAAUUCUCUCUUUAUUUACCACAAGAAAGAUAGUGAUACGCAGUUUGCCGAAACCCUUGCAAAUAGCUCAAAAUCACUCCUUAUUGCUUUAUCUCCUAAAGUUUCUGUUCAAAAUAGGAAUUUUGACAUACCUGUCUUAGAUUAUGAAGAUAAUUUGAUUUCUAGUGGGGUUUUAGAAAAAUGUGUUGGGGUUUCGGUUGGUGAAAUGCUUGUCGAAGAUGUUGAGAUUGACAGUGGCAGUGAAUUAGAUGAUAAUAAUAGAAAACGAGAGUUUAGGAGGAGACUGAGGUUUAAAAGGAUGCCAAACUUGAUUCAAACAGAGAUCCCAAUCGUGCCUAAGACAGGUUUUGCUUUGGAUUGUAUAAAAAUUGGUGGCGAAGUGGAAUUUAGGCCUGAUAUUGGAGUUUUGGUGCAUCCAUAUUUGAUACCAAUGGUAGCUGGUCUAUCCUUGGUUAGUUCUCCUAUUGAGGAUAGGAUUCUAAAUGGGUUUAAGCCUAAGGCUUUGUGUUUAGGAGUUGGGGGUGGUGCUUUGCUCAGUUGUUUGAGAACCCAAUUGGGUUUUGAAGUUUUUGGUGUGGAAAUGGAUGAGGAGGUUUUGAGGGUGGCAGGGCAAUAUUUUGGAUUGGAAGAUUGGGAAACUCAAGUUUUUGUUGGAGAUGCAAUAGAGUUUUUAGAGAAACUUGCUAGUCCUGGUACUUCUUCAAAUUUGGUUUCUGAUAAGGUUAGGGAAGAUUAUAAACGUGCAACUGGUUUUGGUGCUAAGUUUGAUGUAAUUAUGGUUGAUUUGGAUUGCUGUGAUGUUCGGAGCGGUAUAAGUUCUCCCCCAUUGGAGUUUAUUCAGAGGCAUAUUCUUUCAGCUGCGAGAUCUAUUCUUUCUGACUAUGGAAUUCUUAUUAUAAAUGUGAUUCCUCCAAGUAGAUCAUUCUACGAUACGGCAUUAGGAAUUGACAUACCGUAUAAGCAACUGUAAGGAGCAUGAGAUUCCAUCCCAACUUCCAUUGGCUCCAUUUCCUUUCCAUGCAAAGGGAUAAAAUGACACACUGAAAUGAUGCCAUCAUGGACAUUAGAGCUGCGCUGGAGUAAUAACACGGGUAUCUCUUACUCAUCCUAGUCUGCCAUUGAAAACAAUACAAAUUGGUUUCCUUUACAGAUUGGAAAAAAAAAAAAAAAUACAGAGUGAUAUGGAUAUGUUAGGGAUUAGUGAUAUUGGAGCUUGAACUGCAAAUUUAGCAUAUUUCUCCAUUGGAGUUUAUCAUCUGAAGUGAUAGAAGUAAUCUAAUUCCAAUUUUAGUUUUUGAUGACUUAAAAAGGCAAACCUGAACUAUCAACCACAACGCAUAAGAGAUGCAACUGCCCAAUGCCAAAGAGGAGCCCAGAAUAUGAUUGCCAGAAGAAGUAUGACUAUUUUGAUGCUCAAUGUGCUUUGAAAGGUGAACAUUUGUUGACCAAAGGUUGAUUCUUGGACCUUUAUAAAAAGAGAGCACCAUUGCCCCUCCUGUUCCUACUAAUGUUCCUAUCAACUUGGCCUGCCCUAUUCUAGUUUUUAGCUCCAAAUUUUCCAAUCUGAAGGAAAAUUGGUGACAACAAUAUGACCAAGGUUUAGAGAUUAAUUAAGCAAUUAAUCAACAAAAUGUUUGAUUUUGAGUUUUAAUUGAAAUAAGAAUAUAUAUAUAUAUUACCUAAAAGUGAGAGCCAAUAUCAAUGUUGUAGCAGGAAGGAGAUUGGACAUGGCAGCAACAAAUGUUGCUGAUGUUAAGGCAAUGCUUUCCACAUACAUAUUCUGGCUUGCUAGUCCUCUAUAGUACAAGUGUUAGUGCUACAAGUAUAGGUGAAAGUUGAAACAAAAGAAAAGACAUUUUCAUGCUUUGUGAGGUUUAUUUUUUAGCAUCUUAUUCAAUAUCCUUAUUAUAUAGAAUUUUUAAUUUUUUGGUUUA